AGAACUUUGACUUCCGGUGAUGGUGGCCUUCGGUUCGCCUGGCGCGAAGAAAAAUUAUUUACUUUUGUUCAACUUCGUCAAACAUUUAUGAUGUGCUCUGUGGGGGAGAGUGGUGAAAUAAUUAUCCUCAGUGAUGAUGAUGAUGAUGAUAACAGGGACUCAGACAAUGAUAUUUCCUGUCUCAUUGUGGAGGUGAAAGAUGAGAAGAAGGCUGACUGUGUAUCUUCUCCAAGUACCAGUAACCUGGAUGAGGACCUGGUUGUUACCUUCGCCCGCCGGGCGGAUUUGCUGCCUCAUGCUCGCUAUGACUGUCCUUUACACCCUUUUACGGCGUCAGAAUGUGAGAUUAUGGUUCCAGUGGCUGACAACCGACUCAUUUGUGAUCAGUGCUUCUGCUAUAUCUGCGAUAAGCUCGCAUCAUCGUGUGCAAUGUGGUGCAUCAGCGGUGCGUGUCACUGUAACAGCCACAAGAAAAGUGACUUCUGGAACAACCUCAGAAACUGUUUACUGUUAGGAGAGCUGAAGACCUUUAACAUCACCCUUACAGAAAUAGACUCUCACCUCCGACGUGCAGAAACGAUGCUGCAGAGCUUCAGACAAGAGCUCUCUGCUCUCUAUGCAUACUUUGUGUUGGGAGAGGCGCAGGUGCAGGAUGGGAACCAGCAAGGCCUCGUCCACAACUACACCCCUGUGUUUGAGUUUAUCUCGUCGUUCCUGAACAAAGCAGACAAACAGGACAGCAGGGCUGCGGCCAUCUUGAAUCUCGGGGCUGCUCGAGAGUUUAUUAAACAUUUUCAAGUAUCGGGGCCAACAAGGCCCUGUCCUGUGGGUGAUGUUUCCGAGGCAAAAUUGGUGUUACUGGGGAGAGUAAUAACAUCUGUGCAGAAACAGAUAGUGUUUGCAAAUUUUGGUACAGAGUUCAUUCAGAAACUGCAAGAUUUUUACCAGAAUAGAAUCUACCUGCCCUCUGAGAUGAAGGCCAUGAAAAACAGCCUGUGCGUUCGACCCUGGGACGACGUCCUGCUGGUGUCCGUGCUGAAGGGCCAGAACGUGUCCGGCGUCCGUAAGGACAAAGGAAAGAAAGACAUCCUGAAUGAGCAAAUCUCUGUGGUUCUGCUGAGAAGUGAGCUGCUUCAGCAUCAGCGCAGGUACAGAGAGUUGUGUCGAUAUCUACGAGUCGUCCAGACGGAUGAUGCCAAACUCUUCCAGCAGUUACAGGACCUCAUACCUUUCUUCCUGUGCAUGGAGGGCAACUUUGCACAGGCGCUCGCAAGUCUAUUCCCUGCCGUAAACGCCCCGGCCUCCCGCUUCACCGCACAAAUCUUCCUCUUUUAUCUUCGGAUCUUUAAAACAGCAACGGUCCCAAAGCUGAUCGUCAGUCAGCCAGAACAGCUCUGCCACCCUGACACAUCCUGGGAGCCAGUUAAAGAUGCUGUUCCAAUAAAGCACACAGAGCUGGUGAAGUUUGCUCUCAGGGCUCAGAAAUGUUCCCCUACUGUUUAUGCCAAUUCUCAGUGUUGGAUCGGCAUACUCACAAUCCUCAACUCGCCCUGUGACUCGCUCGCCGCCCUGCCUGAGCCCAGCCCGCAGUUUCUGCUUGAAGCGCGGGAUGUGGUGACCACGCUGCUGGUCAGCCAGCAGGGCUCCAGCAUGCAGAUCCCCCGAUCCCUUUGCGAGGUGUACCCGGAUCAGGCUUUGCUGCUGCUGGUAACAGGAGCUUUAGUUUUCAGGAUCCUGAGCGGGCCUCUGAGUCCAGCACUUCCUGUGCUCAACACCUUCAAGGACAAUUUAUGGGCCUACAAGUGGCUGGUUGACACUAUGGCGCCAAGCGUAGAACGCCUGAAGUCCUUCUCCUUAGAGAUCACACAGGAGAUGGUAAACACAGCAGGCAUUGCGCCGGAUUUUAAACUCGACUCCUUCCAAACAAACGGACCCUCGGAUUCCACCUGAGUGCCAUGUGGACGGAUUCAGCGUCUUCAUCGCCUCGGAGUCCUGAAGCAUCUGUCUUUGCUGACCCCCCCCCCC